AUGGUCUUCGGAAUCUUCAAGAAAUCAAAGAGCGCCGACGACGCCGCCGGCCCGGCCGACAAUGGAAUAGUCCCCGUGCGCCGGAUCACCUCGAAUAGCAUGGCCUACGCGCCAGCCGCCGAGCAGGAUCUUAUCGGUGUGGAUAUGGCGGCCAUCUGGGAAUCCAUCAAUGCGCCCCGCACGACGUUGAACGUCGACAGCUACGACUUCUUCCUUCCGGCGGGCCCCAUGGUCGAGGACAAGUCCUGGAUGGUCCUGACCAACGGCGACAUUGGUUUGGUUACCUGGAACGGGCUCCUGGUCGAGGACAGUGACGUGAUCCACCGCGUCAAGACGAAGAACCGAACAAAGGCAUUCACCUUCCAUUGCGAGUGCUUAACCCUCGACUUCCGCCUGUCUCAGUCGCUGCGUCGGAGUUUCAUCGGACACGGUGCCACGGCCGAGUGCCGUGUCACCACGAGGCUCAAGACGGACUGCCGGUUUGCCGCCGACAAAGUGACAAAGUGUAUGGCUAGCCUGCUGUGGUUCAGAGUGCAAGCGUACGGCAGCACGCAUUGGCGGACGCCGACGGAAGUCGCAGACGAUCUGCGGAAGGCAACAAAGGCCUUGCGCGAGCUUGUCGGGUUCGCCGCUCGGUUUAUCGAGGUGUUGAGAAGGCAUCAUCAAGGCAAUGGCAGGGAGGACAGCAUGCCCGUGGCGUACAAAAGGGCCCUCAUGCUCAUGGGCCUGGCGAAGUGGUACCGCACCCACCGCGCCAUCAACUCUAUUCAGUGUCUGGAAAAGGCCCUUCGACGAUCGGUCGAUGAAUCCACGCGCCAGGCAGCCAGUAGAUCUGCAUGCCUCGUCCAGUCCAACCUGCUCGGCAUGCUGGGGUGGAGGCUCGCACCUGGGAGCUUGGGAUCGCAACGAAACGUGUUACCAGAUGUAUUGACCACGCUGGAUGUUCUCAGUACGACGGACUGGGAUUGUUACGCGGAGAAGGAUGUGAGGGCGAGGAUGGAACAGACCGAGAUCACGGUCCGAAUCGUCAAAGAGGCCGGCUUCACCCUCUGGACGCAGCAAAAGAUCAUAGGGUUUCUGCGACACCGACCGCUGAGCAAGGUUGAUUUGACCGAGCCAACUUGGGCCGGCCAAGAAACUCGAGGGGAGGAAAAGAUACAUCCUUCCCACUUGAGGAUGCUCAGGGCUCUGCCGUGGGUGCGGUCUUUCGACGUAGAUGGUCACAUCCCUAUCCUGAGGUUUGUGGCCCCUGAUUCGGCUGAUGGGGUCAACUGA